AUGGCCUCAUCCAUAUUCCACAUCAAGGAACACGUCCUCUCGACCGCUCAUAUUCGAGAAUACGCCCGAGCAACAGGUCUGUCGCAAGACGAUGAGCUGCUCCAGCACGUCAAGCAAUACACGCCCAAGGAUAAUCCCAACCCUCGGAAGGGCGACGUGACCAUCAUCGGAGCCCACGCCAACGCAUUUCCCAAGGAGCUAUAUGAACCCCUGUGGGAGAAUCUACACCGCGAAGCCAAGGCGUGCGGCGUACGUAUCCGGACCAUCCUGAUCGCCGACGCAGCAUGGCAAGGCCAGAGCGGGCUGCUCAACGAAUCGAAGCUGGGCAAUGACCCAAGCUGGCACGACUACCACCGCGACAUACUGCACAUGAUCAACAUCCUGCGACCGCCACGCCCCCUAGUGGGCAUGGGCCACUCAUUUGGCGCCGUGACCUUGGCCAACGUGGCGCUCGCAUCACCUCGCCUGUUCAGCACCCUGGUCCUGAUGGACCCGGCCUCGUCCAGCUUCGAAGCGGCCCCUAUCGGCCGGCACGGCAGCGCCGAGGCGUCGACGAGCCUGCGCCGUCGCGACCUGUGGCCCUCCCGCGCCCAGGCGGCCGCCUCGUUCACGCGCAGCCCCUUCUUCAGGACGUGGGACCCGCGCGUGCUGGACCUGUACGUCCGGUACGGGCUGCACCCGACGUCCGAGUCCGACCCCGACGGCGAGGUCCGGCUCACCACGACCAAGCACCAGGAGGUCUUCACCUUCAGCCGACCCAGCUGGCACGCGUACGACGCCGAGGGCAGGAAUCCCAUCGACGACAACGACGUGCGCGUCGCCACCGCCCCGGAUCUGCCCCACCACGCCGCCGGCUCUGGAGACGACAGCUUCACCUUCACCUGGCCGUUUUACCGGCCAGAGCAGAUACGCUCCAUCCGCAACCUGGCCCACAUCCGCCCCUCGGUGCUGUACGUCUUCGCCCUGAUGAGCAGCCUGUCAGGACCCGAACAGAGGGAGGAGAAGAUGCGCCUCACGGGGUCGGGGAACGGCGGCAGCGGCGGCGCCAAGAACGGCAGGGUCAAGGCCGUCCUCGCCGAGAAUAACGGCCACCUCGUCCCCAUGGAGGACCCGGCCAUGUGUGCUCGCGAGGCGGCCAGCUGGAUAAGCCGGGAGAUGGAGAGGUGGUGGGCCGAGGAGCGCCAGUACGAGGAGUGGACAAGGAAGCCGUAUGCUGAGAAGGCCUGCGUCACAGACGAGUUCAAGGAGUGGACCGUCAGAGGGAUGGAACACGUUGCAAAGGCUAACGCGAAGCUGUGA